AUGGACGGAACUCAGGUCGAACGAACAGCACAGGUACUAGAGAGUGAAGAACAGAUGAAACAAGCUGGUGAAGACGCCGUACCAGCGGAUUGGGAAGCACAAAUCGCGAGGGCUCAACAGGAGGCCCUCCAGGCGAUCUCGGAAAAGGACGAAGCACUCAAGUUUCGACAAAGAGCAGAGGACGGCUUGAGUAGUAUUGGGAAUGAGCUCAAAAUCCUCGAGCAACAAUUACAGCAGGUAAAAGCGGAUGCCGAGAAAACACAGCAAAGUGAGCAAUAUGCAAAGACUGAAGCGUCCAAGUGCAAACAAGAGCUGCAGAACUUACAAGAUAAGCUCUACCAGGCACAGCAACAAGCAAAGCAUGCAAACGUGGAACUAAAAAACAAGAAAGAAAAGUUAUCUGAAGCCGAGGCGGAACUCCUCAACUGGAAAGAGCAGUUUCGGGACAGUAGCUUGAAGGGCCUCAAAACUUCAUCAAAAGCGCAUAAGAUUAUAUUGAAAUUUGAGUCAGCAGUGUUGAAGCUUCAAGGAGAGAAGGAGCAGAUCCAAGGCGAGUAUGAAAGGGCCCUGGAAAUGGCAAACGAGGCCAAGCGCACGAUUAAGGCAUACGAGGCUUCGAUUCAGGAUCAAGUACAAGAGCUGAAAAGCCAAAGCUGCGCUGCUCAGGCGGACCUACUCGAGAAAAUCCGGGCGGAAAUUACUGGACUUUAUCCAUACCAGGGGCAACACAUCGCACUGGAUACACCCAGACGCAUUGGAGAUUAUCUUCGGCACAUUGAGGCUCAGAAACAACAGACUUAUAAGACUCUCGAAAUACUCCUGCAAAUACCUUUCAGCGAUAAUGAACUAGAUGAAGCGAGCAUAGAUGUCACGAGAAUACCUGCUACUCUCCUUGAAAGUGUAAAAAAACUCGUAGAGUCUUAUCUAGCACUGGAGGGGAUAUGCAUUAGUACCAGCGAAGAAUUGCAAAAGCUCACUUCGGCUAAUGUCGACCUGAGGACGCAACUGAAAGAACAAUGCCAAGAUUUUGAGAAGGCCAGAGUUGACCUCAAAGACCUGCUCCUGGCAGUCAGUAAUAACACCGUUGAGCUGAAUCACCUGUCCCAGUAUAGAUUCAAGGCCUGGCAGACUCAACUACGUGCCGCAUGCCCUGAGUCGACUGCGGGCGGUCCAAGAUGA